AGAGGUUCGCGGGUGCAAUCUUGCCAUGUGGUCGGUCCGGAAGGAGAACAAGUCAAUUGAAAAUGAUUUCGAAAGUCCUCUUGAAUAUCGACUUCUACUUGCUACUGGCAUUGGAAAUCUCCCCUUCGUACUUCUAAUCGAGGAGACGAGUUGGUCGCCCCCGCACUUUGGUUCAAAAUGGCUGCACGAAAGCUCCUUGUAGACAUCCACACCCAUGUCUACCUCCCGCGAUACGCGUCGUUCUUACGUUCUCGAGAUGUUGCACCGCGUAUAUUCUCCAGGACGACCCCUACAGGGAAGACAGAAGAACGAUUAUUAAUUCUAGAUAAUGAACCGAGCGGUGGAAGACCUAUCGGUCCUCAGUUCUGAAUUUAGCGGGUAGUACUGGGAUCGGGAUGAGAAGCUCAAGUUCAUGGAUAGACAUGGUAUAAACGUGUCUAUCAUUAGUUCUGCCAAUCCAUGGCUAGACUUUCUCCCCGCUCCCACAGCGCACAAACUCGCAGGCGAGCUGAACGAAGAUCUCGAAUCCUAUUGCUCGACUUCUCCCUCAAUCUCAGAGACUGGCACUACCAUCAAGCGACUCUAUGGCUUCGGUCUUCUUCCCCUCGUACCAAAUAUCUCUACAACUGCAUUGCUCGAGAUAGUGGACCAGAUCUCCAGGUUGCCUCACCUGAAGGGUAUCAUCAUGGGUACGAAAGGUAUUGGGAAUGGACUGGACGAUGAUGCCUUGGAACCCCUUUGGGCUGCGAUUGCUAGGGCCAAUUUGGUCGUGUUCCUACACCCGCACUAUGGAGUUGACAGUAGUGCUUGGGGUGAUAAAGAUAAUGGUCAUGUCCUUCCUCUCGCUCUCGGGUUCCCUUUCGAGACCACGACAGCAACAACACGACUCAUUCUUUCCGGUGUAUUCGACAGACACCCAGAUUUACGUAUACUCCUAGCCCACUCUGGUGGAACUCUGCCUCAACUCUCGUCGCGCCUGGCUUCCUGUGUUGAUCACGAUCCUGUGGUAGCUUCUCGACUUCAGCACGACGCUCGAUACUACCUAGGCAAGCUCUACUUUGACGCAGUCGCAUAUGGCUCGGAGGAGCUGGGCUUUGUGAGCGAUGUCAUAGGACGGGCAGAAAGGUUCAGCUCUCCAACUGCCUCCGCGGAUGCUUCUAAAGGUCUGGGCUUCGAGAAGAGGGUUAUUGGAAGCUCAAGAAUGCUAUUCGGAACGGACCAUCCGUUUUUCCCGCCGUUGAAGGAGAGUGAUCAGUGGAAGAGUGUUGUGGAGAACUUGGAGGCGAUAGAUGGUGUGGAUGGAUGGGGAGAUUCUGAGAAGGAUGCUGUAAGGGGAGGGAAUGCUGUCAGGGUUUUUGGGCUCGAGAGUGCAUAGACAGUUGAGUUGAGAUCAUUCAUUAAAGAAAUGAAUAUACAGCCGAUUUUCAUUGAAGUUGAAUAUACAAUCCGUGAUAUACAUAUACUUGUUUACACAGUUCUUUUUUUCUUGCUGCCGGUCAUACAUCUUUGGGUUUCU